UUGUAUAUGUAGGAGACGCCGGAAUAGAACGGUUGGGUGACGCUAAUGAUAAAAAUACGUUGAAUUGGGGGAAAAAAAACAAAUGAUUUCUUAAGUUUUGAAAUUAGUGUAAAAAGUUUACUAAGAUAAAAUAAGAAUGCAGAAUUUACAAUGCAAGAAGAAAAGUGUGUAAGCAAAGAAUUUAUUUCUAAUAAUGUGAUGCUGCAAACGGAUGCUCGGACAACUCCGAAUGGAUUGCAAUCUCCACGUAUAACGCAUCACAGGCAGCAAAGGACACGAUCGGAAAUGACUACGUCGCCAACAGUUGUCGGAACAGGUAGUUCUGAUGAACAAACGGUGCUGCUAAACAAUAAUGACAUUUUCAAUAUUGCCAAAGCAAAAAAGAUUGAUUUGCAGAAUCUGUCUUCACGUUUCUCUCAAGACAGUCCACUUACAGAUGAACGAUCACCCAGUACAACCAAAGGUUACGUCCUUAAGAAAGUAGCAUCAUUCAUGGUUGAGAAGACACCACCUUCCACCGCCGCUAUAAUAAGUGGUGGUGCGAAGCGUUUGCUCUGUUGUGUUCCAGAAAAAUUAAACUUCAAUGCCUCUGAAAAGUUUGAAGGUCACCUGCUUUUAAAAUGGUUUAUCUCCUCAGUUCCUUUGUCUACGGAUGUAAAAAUUAGCGAACAAGAUCUUAACGCCAUAACAAUGCAUUACUGCAACAAUCUCGUUGGUAUUGGCGUUUUAAAACAAGUUCCUGAAAAAUCUGAUUUAGAAGUAUUCAAUUUAAUGAGCACAUACCAAUGGACGCACACAGAAUCACCAAGAGAAACAUUUGCGUUGUCAUCAACUCCUUCUGAAAAUGGUGUACUGAAACUACCCGUCAUUACACCAAAUGGUAAAACUGUACCAUUAACUAUACAAACUGAAACGCUACCUGCUGAGGCUAAAAACUCUUUUAUUCGAUUGCCACGAUAUAUUGCUAAUGUACCUAAUAGUGAAGACGAGCGUGAAGAAUUGCAUGACUUGUCAGAUUUUUCUAUUACAGAAAAUCGAGGAACAUGCGAACUGUCCGAGUUACUGGAGUCUAAUAACAAUGCAGUAUUCGAAAAUGGUCAAAACAAAACUUGGUUGAAACCGAAUAUGGUAGAUCAAGCGGCUCAAACCGACUCAAAUGUGAUAAAAACUGAGACUUUAUGCAUUAAAUGCAAAUCAGUCAAUCAAAAUUAUAAAAUUAUGAUCAAUCAGUAUGUGCAAGUUAGUGUGGAAGAACUACAAAAUGACAAGGAUACUGUAGACGACGACGUAAAAAAACAAACAUCUGUUGAUUCACCUUUUACUCCACCGGUGCCCCCACCUCUUUUAUUAAAUUCAAACGGAGAGUUAAUUAUAACACCUGUGCCUCCACCUCCACCGUCUUUUUCUUCAUCAUCAACUUCAGGUAUAAUAGAACCGCCAUUACCGCCACCGCCACCUAUUCCCAUCGCUAAUAUAACACCAGCUCCUCCUCCACCACCAGCUGCCGCGUUGAAUUUAGUUUGUGAUAAAAAACGUGAUACACAUGAAGUACCUAGUAUCAACACAUCUCCUGAUAAUUUACCUAAACCUCUACCAAGUGCUGUAGAAGGUGGCUGGUUUAAGGAAAAUGUUUCGCGUAAAAAUGUUUUAAAUCCACCAAAGCCUAUGAGACCUCUAUGGUGGACAAGGAUAGUGACAUCACCACCACCAUUACCUGCUCCUAGCCGCGACGCUCCUGACGAAGGAAUAGAAAUGGAAAAUAGUUCAUUGAACGAAUCAACUAAUAAAAUGAUAUCAAAACAAAUUUGGCAGUUAAUAGACGACAUGAAUUUAGACAACUUGGAUGAAUUUACCGAACUCUUCUCCAGGCAAGCAGUUAUAUCGGCUGUAAAGCCCAAAGAAAAAAAAGAAGUUCGUGUUAAGACUAUUAAGGUGCUGAGUAGUAAACGUUCACAAAGCAUUGGAAUUUUAGCGCGUAGUUUGCACUGCGAUGUUGAAGAAAUAGAACAAGGUGUGUGUAAUAUUGAUACAUCCCUUGUUAGUUUAGAGACGCUCCAGCAAAUUAUUAGUAUUCAGGGGACUGAAGAAGAAUUAGAAAUAAUAAAUGAAGCGGCCAAAGGAGAUGUGCCCUUGGAUUAUCCAGAGAUGUUUUUACUAAAUAUUUCCAAAAUAUGUAUGUUUUCAGAACGUGUGUCAUGCCUUGUUUUUCAACAAGAGUUUGACGAAGCUACAACUCAAAUAUCUCGUAAACUAGAAGUAGUUGAACGAGUCUCUCAAUUUCUGAUGCAAAAUAAAGAGUUGAAACAUGUGUUCUCCAUUAUACUUACACUAGGUAAUUAUAUGAAUGCUGGCAACAGACAACGCGGUCAAGCAGAUGGUUUCGCACUAGAAAUUCUUGGUAAAUUAAAAGAUGUGAAAUCCAAUGAAUCGCAAACAACACUUCUCCAUUUUAUUGUACGAACAUAUAUCCAGCGUUGCAUUAAGGAUGGCUUAAAUAUUAGAGAUAUUCCUUUACCCGUUCCUGAACCAUCUGAUGUCGAACGCGCGGCGCAAGUUAAUUUUGACGAAGUUAAUCAACAAAUCAAAGACUUACAAGAACGAAUAAGAGGUUGUAAAAUAACGGCAGAGCUUGUUGAACAAACUUCCAAUGAACGAACACAAGAACCAUUUAGAAGUAAAAUGAGGGAAUUUAUCGAACAUGCGACUGUUUCAAUUAAUAAUCUUCAUACCAAAUGGAAGGAUUGCCAGAAGCUGUUUAUUGACACCAUGAGAUAUUAUUACUUCACCCCGAAAACAAAAGCGCUCAAGGAUUGCACUCCUGAUCAAUUCUACGAAUGUUGGACUAAUUUUUGUAAUGAUUUCAAGGACAUAUGGAAAAAAGAAAUAGCAACAACAUUGACUGAAGUUAUGAACAAACUGAAACAAAUACAGAAUCAAGUUCGUAAGAAUGUGAAAACCACAAAUACCAAACCUGGUGGACUGAAAGAACGAAUGAUGCGUUUGACCAAAAAAUAAGAAUCAGCAUUCCUAUACCAGCAGAUCUAGACACCUGUACAAAAACCACCACUACAAUUUCAACAAAAACUUGUAUUAAAAAUUUUUGAAACAAAAAAUAGUUAUAA